AUGUUAUCCAACAGUGAACAUCCUAUAACCUUGUUGCUGGACAAACUAGUUGCGAAUAGGGACAAUUCAUUACUCGUAACUCGAGGUCCUAGACCUCUUCUACUUGUGGCUUGUGAAGACCUGAUACCUAUUCAACAUUAUAUUGCUUCCACUGAUAAGCCUUGGUGCUAUGCAUACUCGUACGAAUCAUUAUGGUUUGUGCCUGAUGUUGAUUUAGAUUGCGGUAUUAGUAUCCAAGAAAGUAAGAACCCGAACAGUAAGUUUGAAUCCUUAUUUCGGCAAGAACUAAUAAGAGGUAACUGUUGGUUCACUGAUGGGUCUAAAAUUCCAGAGCAAGAGUUCGUAGGAUUUGCAAGUGUAAAUGUAUCUGCCGGGGCAAUCGAAACAUGUCGUACAGUUAAAUACGCCUCUAUUUUCACAGCUGAAGCCAUGGCUAUCUAUACUACUCUAGAAAAAUUUUUCCAAAACAAUGAACAUCAUUUCAAUAUUUUUAAAGGCGCAUCACCGUGGUUCAAAAAUUUUACAUUCUGUAGAAAAACAAUAGUAUCUAUCAAUAGGCUUAGAAGUGGACACACUUCUCUUGCUGCGAGUUUAUUUAGAUUUAAAAUUGUAAAUUCUGAUCAAUGUUCGAGUGGUGAGGCUGUUGAAGAGCCAAACCACGUUUUUUGGCAGUGCAAGUUGUAUGAUAAAGCUAGAGAAUAUCUAAUAACUGAUCUCAUUAAAGCAAAAAUCUUUCCUCCUUAUGACAUCGAAUCUCAAUUAAGUGAAAUGAAUCCUUUGUUUGUCAUACCUAUUGCUUAG